AUGCAAAGUGAUGCAUUGUUAUUAUUGUGUGAUUCUUGGAGUCCCAAACGUCUUUCAAAUGCUUUGAAUAAUAAUAAUUACAUCAACAAUGGCGAGAAUAAUGGUAUUAAUGAUCCUGGCAUUAGCAAUAGCAAUGGCAAUGGUAUCAAAGAAAAAAGUUAA